CUGCUUCCUUUAAGGUUUGAUGUAGUCAUGCCGACGACGAAAGCUUCUAAAGUAAAGCGGGUGAAAGGAGGGAAAGGAAAGAAAAAUAGCAAACACGAGUCAAAAGCGGACAAAGAUACGGAUAUCGAAACGGCCAGGGCCAAUGCCACUCUGUGGGAGCUGAGGUUAAAGGUCACCGAGCAGGAUGUCGCGGAUUAUCGAGAGCAUAGCUAUAAACUUGCAAGCGCUAACGAGCUGCUGACCAAUCACCUGUACCACUCAGAGAGGCAAUCGCUCGAUAUGACUGCCUACUGGGAGAGAGAAGUUGCCGCUAAAGAGGAGAAGAUCAGUAAAUUGGAGGAGUACAUUAAAAAGCAGGAAGUUCUGGCACUUGAAGAGAAGAAUAAACUGGCCAGAGACUUAAAAAUGAUGCAGGAAAAAAUGAGAGAAAAGGAGGCAUGGGAAGCCCAAAUGGAGCAGGAACUCAUCAAUAUUCAACAAAGCAUGUACGUUGCUGACAAGGAGCACAGAGAAAAGCUGAGCAAAAUGGAGGAAAAAUACUUCAAGGAAAAGGCAUACAUGGAAAAGGAAGCAAUGGAUAAAUGUAAUGCAAAGAUAGUCGUGUUGAAGCAGGACCACCAAGAAGUCAUUGCGCAGUUGGAAGGUGCCUUACAUGCUGCAUUCAAGGAGCAUGAUCACCUAAAUGAAACACUGAAAAAUACCAUAAAGGAGACAGAGGACCUGAAGAAAUUGACAAACUCACUGAUUGAGAAAAACACAUUGCUGGCACUGGACAAGGACAUGCUUGAAUCAAUAGUAAAGAAGGAGGCAGCGCAGAUUAAAGUAAAAAGAAAGGAGCUUUCUGAACUCAUGGCCAAAGCUGCUUCCUUAGAGAAGACCCUGAAGUUACAAGAGGGAAAACUUGAGCAACAGGAGAAGGAAAAGGAGAUGAGCCUGGUCACCAUCCAGGCCAGCCAGGUAGAGCUGGACAAACUACAGAAAGUCCUUGCAAUGCGGGAGAAGGAGAUCCAGAAAGUCAAGCAGCUGGGGAACAUUAUUGUAAAGAAGCGCACAGAGCUGGAGAACUUCUUCUAUGAGGCGCUGGAUCAUGUGAGGCAGGAGAUAACUGCCAGCAAACUUAGGUACAAGAAGGAGGCACUGCAAGAUUAUCAUUGGAGGUUUAGAGAAGCCACAGCAGGAAAGAUGAAGUUCCCACCUAUCCUCACUUUCCAUAAAAGUCCCUACAGUACCAACUCUGUCUAUUCAGACAUGGAGGCAGCUUCUAAAUGGUCUUAUCUUCCAGACAGUGAAAUCCAAAUCUCAGAUCUCACUUGGGAGCAAAAGGAGGAAGUUCUCAGCCUUCUCUUUGCUAGAAUGAAUGGACAGAGGGAAAGGAAAGUUUGCCAACAUCUGGCUUUAUGUGCCUCCUCUGAGAAGCAGAAGAGCCUCAAUGACACUGAUGCUGCCGAAAUUAGAGACAAGCUCUGCCCGGCAACCAUCAGCCCCAAGGCGCCUGAGUCCAUUCUGGCCUCAACCUCAAACAGCCUGCCGGAUAUGUACACCACAUGA